CUAGACUAGAUUGUGAGUAUUAUGGUGCAAAAUUAAAUCCAAAUCUAUUGAAAUUUAAUAAGAAAUUGAAUGAGGAGAGUUGGGUUACUUUAUUUUGAAAAUAUUUGGAGGUAGAAAUCGUCUGCGCCGGAAGCUUCCAUCUUUCUUCAGUUGCAGUUUGAGUUUUUGAUUCAGAUUUCAGAUUCUUGCCUUUGUGUGCGAGGAGCAAGUUUGGUGGUUGAUUGAUUGAUCGCACUUGGAAUGGACGGUGUUUCUUCGAACUGGUCAACUCCCUUCUGAUUAGCUCGUACAUGAUUUUCUGUCCGCUUCCCUAGUAGAUAGAUCACUGCACGUUUUUAUCACAGCUGCUCUUGCCUCGCAGUUUCCCUCCGGUUUCGCAACUAAUCCAUUACUUUAGGAUAUUGUCGGGAAAUUACUGCUACCAGACGAAUAAUUUGGGAGAAGAUGGAUUUGUAGUGAAUCUGAUCGAGAGUGCUACUUUUCAAGCCAUCUAUUUUGGCUGCUGCUCUUGUGUGGCGCUGAAAAAUCAAUUAUAAAAAGGGCGGCGAACUGCGUUGCAUACUUUUUCCCUUGGUUUUCGGACGUAUUUGGCCAUCUGCGGUUGUGGUAGUUUGUGAUUUGUGGAUCAGUGGUGAGCCGGGGCUGAUGGGGAGUAUUAUGAAGGAGUUUUCGGAGGUGAAGCCGAAGAAUUCGUCGGAGGAGGCGUUGCAGCGGUGGAGGAAAGCUUGUUGGCUGGUGAAGAAUCGGAAGAGGAGGUUCCGAUUCACUGCUAAUCUCAGCAAGCGUUUUGAAGUUCGCGAGAUCCAGAAGUCUAACCAGGAGAAGCUGAGAGUUGCAGUACUAGUUUCGCAAGCUGCUCUAAGCUUUAUUCAAGGUAUAAGUUACUCAGUACCGGAGGCAGUAAAGGGAGCAGGGUUUGGGGUAUGUGCUGAUGAGUUAGGGUCCAUUGUUGAAGGGCAUAAUGUGAAGAAGUUGAAAGUUCAUGGUGGCGUCGAAGGUAUUGCAGAUAAGCUGUCGACUUCAUUAAGUAAUGGGAUUAGUGUUGCUGAGGAGUCUCUUAAUCAAAGAAGAAAUAUUUUCGGAAUCAAUAAAUUUGCUGAGAGCCCUGCCAAGGGGUUUUGGCUUUUCGUAUGGGAAGCCCUGCAGGAUACUACCCUAAUGAUAUUAGGCGUUUGCGCCAUCAUUUCUCUAAUUGUUGGUAUUGCGACUGAAGGGUGGCCCAAGGGUGCUCAUGAUGGACUUGGAAUCGUUGCUAGUAUCCUUCUUGUUGUAUUUGUCACUGCUACUAGUGACUACAAACAGUCGUUGCAAUUCAAAGAUUUAGAUAAGGAGAAGAAAAAGAUCACUGUUCAGGUUACAAGAAAUGGAUACAGACAAAAGAUUUCCAUAUUUGAUUUACUCUCUGGCGAUGUAGUUCAUCUUGCUAUUGGGGAUCAAGUCCCGGCUGAUGGGCUCUUUAUCUCCGGCUAUUCUCUACUAAUAAAUGAAUCCAGUCUAACUGGGGAAAGUGAGCCCAUAAAUGUAACUGCUGAAAAUCCUUUUCUCCUAUCUGGAACUAAAGUCCAGGAUGGAUCCUGCAAAAUGCUUGUUACAACUGUGGGUAUGAGAACCCAGUGGGGCAAAUUGAUGGCUACCCUUUCGGAGGGUGGUGAUGAUGAAACACCUCUGCAAGUUAAACUCAAUGGAGUGGCAACCAUUAUUGGGAAAAUAGGUCUCUUUUUUGCUGUUAUCACGUUUGCUGUUCUUGUGCAAGGACUAUUUAGCAAGAAGAUGACUUCAGGUUCACAAUGGAGUUGGUCGGGAGAUGAUGCCCUGGAAAUGCUGGAAUAUUUUGCCAUUGCAGUUACAAUUGUCGUGGUUGCAGUACCCGAGGGGUUGCCUUUAGCUGUUACCUUGAGCCUUGCUUUUGCCAUGAAGAAGAUGAUGAAUGACAAAGCACUUGUUCGACAUUUGGCAGCUUGUGAAACUAUGGGAUCGGCGACAACCAUAUGUAGUGACAAGACUGGGACUUUAACUACUAAUCACAUGACUGUUGUGAAGGCAUGCAUUUGUGGGAAAAUAAAAGAAGCAAGUAGCCAUGUGAAAAGUUCUGAUUUCUGCUCGGACAUUCCUGAUUCUGUUGUGAAAAUGAUACAGAAAUCAAUAUUCAACAACACUGGAGGAGAUAUUGUAACAGGGAAGGAUGGCAAAAUUGAAAUCCUCGGUACACCUACUGAAACUGCUCUUCUGGAAUUUGGUCUCUUGCUAGGAGGAGAUUUCCAGGCAGAGAGGCAGGGGUCGAAGCUUCUCAAGGUUGAGCCAUUUAAUUCUGUGAAGAAAAGAAUGGGAGUUGUUCUAGAGCUACCUGGAGAAGGCUGUCAGGCCCACUGCAAAGGUGCAUCCGAGAUUAUUCUUGCUGCAUGUGACAGGACUCUGAAUUCAGAUGGUGAGGCUGUUCCCCUGGAUGAAAAAUCAAUUAAUCAUCUGAAGGAUACCAUAGAACAAUUUGCAAAUGACGCUCUACGAACACUAUGCCUUGCAUACAAGGAUAUUGGAAGUGAUUUCUCAGCUGAAAAUCCUGUUCCAUUUGAGGGUUAUACUUUGAUAGGAAUUGUUGGCAUUAAAGAUCCAGUUCGCCCUGGAGUCAAAGAGUCUGUUGCAAUUUGUAAAUCAGCUGGGAUUAUGGUUCGGAUGGUAACUGGAGAUAACAUAAACACAGCAAAGGCAAUUGCUAGGGAAUGUGGAAUAUUAACAGAAGAUGGCAUUGCAAUUGAAGGCCCAGAUUUUCGAAUGAAGAGCGAUGAGGAAUUGCAGAAACUCAUUCCAAAGAUACAGGUAAUGGCUCGUUCUUCACCAAUGGAUAAGCAUACCCUAGUUAGACAUUUGCGAUCCACCUUUGAUGAAGUGGUUGCUGUGACUGGGGAUGGAACAAAUGAUGCUCCUGCACUUCAUGAAGCUGAUAUUGGCCUUGCAAUGGGAAUUUCUGGGACCGAGGUGGCCAAGGAGAGCGCAGAUGUAAUAAUUCUAGACGACAAUUUCUCAACAAUUGUAACUGUUGCCAAGUGGGGGCGCUCUGUUUACGUAAACAUACAAAAAUUCGUUCAGUUUCAGCUUACAGUAAAUGUCGUUGCGCUAAUUGUCAACUUCUCCUCGGCGUGUCUGACAGGCAGUGCUCCACUCACCGCGGUUCAGCUUCUGUGGGUAAACAUGAUUAUGGACACACUCGGGGCGCUUGCGCUAGCCACUGAACCUCCAACUGAUGACCUAAUGAGAAGGACGCCGGUGGGGCGAAAAGGAAACUUCAUCACCAAUGUCAUGUGGAGGAAUAUUCUGGGUCAGUCUAUAUAUCAGUUUGUGAUAAUAUGGUACCUUCAAACAGCUGGAAAAGAUGCAUUUAGCCUGCGGGGAGAGGGCUCUGAAUUGAUUCUCAACACCCUCAUUUUCAACUCGUUUGUCUUCUGCCAGGUUUUCAAUGAGAUCAGCUCAAGAAACAUGGAGAAGAUAAAUGUAUUCAAAGGGAUAUUCGACAACUAUGUCUUCGUGGGGGUUCUGAGCUGCACAGCAGUGUUUCAAGUCAUCAUCAUCGAAUUCCUUGGCACUUUCGCCAAUACCACACCUCUCACAUGGCAACAAUGGUCGGCGAGUGUUUUGCUCGGGUUUCUUGGCAUGCCUAUUGCUGCUGCUAUCAAGAUGAUCCCCGUGGGAUCUAGUUUAAGUGAAUGCAUAUGCAGCUUAAAGGCUACUUAUAAGAACCCCAAGGGAGUAAAUGUACAAAAUGAUGGUAUCAACCAUUUUCUAUCAACUGUAGAUACACAUUUGCCUUUCUGUGAUAGUACCAAAAACUCAGAAAGGAUGCAACAAUACUGUCGGAAAGCAGCAACAAAAUCAAGAGAAACUUGA